AUGAAACCUUUCCCGUUCCCUUUUCCCCUCAAUAUCGGUACGGACAUAGUCCAUCUCCCUCGGAUCACCCGUCUCCUCCGCCGUGGAGAUUAUUUCACCCGCUUCACGCGCCGCAUCCUCUGCGACCAGGAACAGCAAGAUUUCAACCGGCGAUUCGCCCUGACCCCUAUCUCCCCUGCCGAAUCAACCUCCCGCGAAACACCCUACAUCAUCUCCGCUGACAUGGCUCGCUGGAUUGCCGGCCGCUUUGCCGCCAAAGAAGCGGCGCGCAAAGCCGCUCCGAUGGGAGCCGCGACGACCGGGUGGAAAGAUGUUCUGGUACGGCUAGGCGAGGAGGACCAAGGUCGACCGCAGAUCGUGUAUUUGGGUCCUGACGGGGGGAGACUUGGGAAAUUGUCCAUCUCGCAUGAUGGGGAGUACGUGGUCGCGACAGUUCUAGCGGCAGGGUGA